CCUCCUCCUCCUCCUUGCCAAGGGCGUAGAGCUUAGGCGUGGCUCUGGGAAGCUUUCAUUUCCUCCGCAUUGUUUGCCUCCCUCCCUCCCUCCCUCCUUCCAUCCAUCCCUCCAUCCUUUCUCCACCUUCUACUACACUCGCGAGCGCGCGCGCGCACCCACUCGUGCGCUCCAGGCCGUGGUUUUCUCCUCCCUCCCUCCCUCCUUCCCUCCCUCUCCCUCCCUCCGACAUUGGUCCUUCCUCGCGUGGAAGCGGGUCUUCCUCCAGCCCGGAAAAAUAAAAGCUAAGAGCCCCGUGAAGAGGCAUGGGACCUUGCUUCCCUCAGCCAUGAGCCAGGCGCCCAGCGGCGGUUCUCCCGGGGGGGCUCCUCCUCCGGCCGCCUCCCGACUCCUCCCGGAGGGAAGCAGCAGCAGCAGCAGCAGCAGCCCCCGAAGCAAGCAGCAGCAGCAGCAGCAGCAGCACCGCGCCUCUUCGCCGGGCAGACCCAGAGACCCGCACGCGAGGCAGCCCUCCCCGGCCUCCAAGGCAAGCUCCGCCCGCCAGGCCCAGCAGCAGCAGCAGCAGCAGCAGCAGUCCAAAGGCAGCCGGGCUAAGGCAGCAGCAGCAGCUGGAGGAGGAGGAGGAGGAGCAGAGAAGCCGCCCCCUGCGGCGCCCUCGGGAGCUGUCCAGGCCGGGGAUGGUGCUGAACCUUUGGUCCAGGCCGGAACCAGCGGCGCCCCCAAAGCCAACCCCGACAAGCGAGACGCGGAGAGGGAGCGGGACAGCCAAUCCCAGGGCCGAGCGGGGGCCCAAGGCCCAACUGCGCCACCUGCCGGCGGCCCCGGGAAAGGCCGGGCGCUGCCCGCGGCGGGGGGCGGCUACUGGAAGGAAGGAUGCCUGCAAAGUGAGCUCAUCCAGUUCCACCUCCGGAAGGGCUUGGCGGCGGCCGCCCAGAUGCAAAGCCACGGAGGGCAGCCAGGGGAUGGCACCCGGGCGGAGGAGCAGGCCCAGGCCCCGCUCCCCACGCCGGCGGCCCCGAUGGCAGGCAGCCCAGAGGCCAACGGGCAGGGCAAGGCCCUCGGAGGCGCCCUGAGCGCCGCGCAGCAGCAGGAGCUGCAGGACGAGGUGGAGAAGCUGUGGGAGGAGAACGAGGCCCUCAAGAAUGAGAUAGAUGAGCUAAGGACAGAGAUGGAUGAAAUGAGAGACAGUUUCUUUGAAGAAGAUGCCUGCCAGCUACAGGAAAUGCGCCAUGAGUUGGAGAGAGCCAACAAAAACUGCAGGAUCCUUCAGUAUCGUCUUCGCAAAGCAGAGCGCAAGAGGCUUCGUUAUGCAGAGACCGGGGAGAUUGAUGGAGAACUUCUGCGUAGCUUGGAGCAGGAUUUGAAGGUGGCAAAGGAUGUUUCAGUGAGACUUCACAAUGAGUUGGAAAACGUGGAAGAAAAACGCACUACCACAGAAGAUGAAAAUGACAAGUUACGACAACAAUUAAUAGAAGUAGAGAUUGCUAAGCAGGCUCUGCAGAAUGAACUUGACAAGUUGAAAGAGCAGUCAAUGAAAAGAAGGGGAAGCAAAGACCUGCAAAAAUCAGAAAAAAAGUCACAACAGACUGAAGAGGACAGUGAAGAUCUGAAAUGCCAGCUACAGUUUGUUAAAGAAGAAGCUACCCUGAUGAGGAAAAAAAUGGCCAAAAUAGACAAGGAGAAGGACAGAUUUGAGCAUGAGCUUCAGAAAUAUAGGUCCUUUUAUGGUGAUCUAGACAGUCCUUUGCCAAAAGGGGAAGCUGGGGGCCCUCCUACCACAAGAGAAUCAGAACUUAAGCUUCGUCUGAGGUUAGUUGAGGAAGAAGCCAAUAUUCUGGGUAGGAAAAUUGUGGAACUGGAAGUUGAAAACAGGGGGUUAAAGGCAGAACUUGAUGACUUAAGAGGAGAAGAUUUCUCAGGGACAGCCAAUCCUCUCAUGGGAGAGCAGAACGAAUCUCUGUCUGAAUUACGACAGCAUCUGCAGCUGGUUGAAGAUGAAACUGAAUUGCUGCGGAGAAACUUGGCGGAUGCAGAAGAACAAAACAAGCGCAUUACAGCAGAGCUGAACAAGUACAAAUACAAGACAGGGGCUCAUGAUACAUCAAGACACCAUGAUAGUGCCAAGACUGAAGCCCUUCAAGAGGAGCUGAAAGCUGCACGCAUGCAGAUCAAUGAGCUCAGUGGCAAAGUCAUGCAGCUUCAGUAUGAAAACAAAAUCCUGAUGUCCAACAUGCAGCGCUAUGACCUGGCUUCUCACUUGGGGAUCCGAGGCAGCCCCAGGGACAGCGAUGCUGAAAGUGAUGCAGGAAAAAAAGAAAGCGAUGAUGAUUCACGUCCCCCACACCGCAAAAGGGAAGGGCCCAUUGGUGGAGAAAGUGACUCAGAGGAGGUCCGCAAUAUACGGUGCUUGACCCCCACAAGAUCUUUCUACCCUCCCCCGGCAGGAUGGCAGAAAAGCUUCACAGACCGGCAGCAAAUGAAGGACAUCCGGUGUGAAGCAGAACGCUUGGGAAAGACGAUAGACCGGCUGAUUUCAGAUACCAGCACCAUCAUAAGCGAGGCAAGAAUUUUUGUGGCCAAUGGAGACUUCUUUGGACUUAUGGAUGAGGAAGAUGACGGCAGUAGGAUACGAGAACAUGAACUACUGUACCGGAUAAAUGCUCAGAUGAAGGCGUUUAGGAAAGAGCUCCAGACCUUCAUUGACAGACUGGAAGUUCCAAAGUCUUCGGAGGAUCAGACUACAGAUGAACCUUUGUCAGUGAGUCAGAUAAGAAGUUCAAGAGCUAUAGUUUCUGUAGUAAUCACUGCUAUAAAAACACUGAAGACUACUCAUUUGAAAGAAUGGAAAUCAGCCAUCCUUAGAUGCCAAAAACAAAAAAAGGGAAAACUACAAGGAUCUCCACAACCGAAUCAGAAUUCUGCUAAUAAAAAUACUAGGAUCAGUAAUUUCAGAACUGGAAGUCUUUUCCCCACUUCACUGUUCUCACUGCAACUUUAGAUUUGGACUGACGUACACACAGGGGGAUUCUUCUACUGCAAAAGCCAGGUAUAAACAGAAAUACAUUUGUCUAAUCCAAAGCCUUUAGAAGCCAAA